AUGGCUGGCACACUACCAGCCCACGCCUCGCCCGCCUUCCCGCCGCUCCACACCCCGCAGGCGGAUGCUCGGCCACAGCCCUCGCACGCCGUCUCAGACUUCAACCUCGAUCCGGCCGAAGCCGCCGCACCACGAAAGCCGCACAAUGACGAGCAUUCGCACCCGCCGCCGCCCUCAAUCAUCUCGCCCGCCUUCACGCCGCCCGCGACGCCCAGCGGCCGCACCACGCCCGCGCUGAGCCGCGAGGCCGCCUCGGUGCCCGUCGACCACGCGACGCUGAGCGACACGGACAAGCCGGCGCUGGUCGAGACGCUGCCCGAGGUGCAGUGCGUGGUGCGCGCGCGCAUCCCCACCACGACGGGACAAGAGAUGUUCCUGCACGUCUACCAGAACGACAUUGACAACAAGGAGCACCUGGCCAUCGUCUUCGGCAACGACAUCCGCUCGCGCUCGCUCGACGCCCCGCGGCCCGGCGAGACGGAGCGCGACCGCAUGAUCCGCGGCGCCUACGUCGGCCGCCUGUACCCGGGCCGCACCAGCAGCCGGCUCGAGCAGAUCAAGCAGGAGGCCGGCGUCGCGGAACAACAAGUGGGGGAAAGGUCGCGGUCCUCGCCGCUCGUGCGCAUCCACUCGGAGUGCUACACGGGCGAGACGGUGUGGAGCGCGCGCUGCGACUGCGGCGAGCAGCUCGACGAGGCGGCGCGCCUGAUGAGCCUGCCGAACUCGGGCGGCGGCGUCAUCGUCUACCUGCGCCAGGAGGGCCGCGGCAUCGGCCUCGCCGAGAAGCUCAAGGCCUACAACCUGCAGGACCUGGGCAACGACACGUACGAGGCUAACCUCCUCCUGCGCCACCCGGCCGACGCCCGCAGCUACGGCUUGGCGACCGCCAUGCUCGUCGACCUCGGCCUCGGCGGCGACGCCGGCAUCCGCCUGCUCACAAACAACCCGGACAAGGUCGCCGCCGUCGAGGGCCCCAACCGCGAGGUCGUCGUCAAGGACAGGGUCGCCAUGGUCCCGCUCGCGUGGAAACAGGGCAUGAAGGGUAGCGAGGAGGUGGAGAAGUACCUUUCGACGAAGAUCGAGAAAUUUAAGCACAUGCUCAGCCCUGACGCGACAUAG